AUGUGGGAGCACGUGGAGGGCGCAUGUCCACCCAUAACAACUACCCUCCUGCUUCAACCAUAUAGAAGAGGCCACCCGAGCCCCAGCAUUUUGCAUUGGUGCCUUGUGCAGUUGUGCUGCGGUCGUCGCGCUAGAGUUCACGAAAUGAGCUCGUCGGUGGUGAAGGUUGGGACGUGGGGCGGCGACGGCGGGAGCCCCUGCGACAUCACGGUGGCGCCGCAGCGGCUGGAGAGCGUCACCAUUCGCUGGGGCAAGGUCAUCGACUGGAUCGCCUUCUCCUACCGGGACAGCGACGGCAAGACGCACACCGCCGGCCCCUGGGGCGGCAACGGCAGAGGAGAGGGCACGGAGACGAUCACUUUCGGCCCCUCAGAGUACGUGACGGAGGUCGCCUGGUCGGUGGGCCCGUUCAAGCUCAAGAACGUGGAGCGUUGCAUCACCUCGAUCAAGCUCGUCACCAACGUCGGCACCUACGGGCCCUUCGGCCACGCGGUGGACAGCACGCACCACAGCUUGCCCGUGCUCGGCAAUGGCAGCGUCGUCGGCAUGUUCGCCCGCGCCGGAGAUUACCUCGACGCCAUCGGCUUCUACGUCCUCCCGUGCUGAAUCCGGCGACCAAGCUGCCUUGCUAUAUAAUACCCCCGGGACCUGCCAACAUUUGGUCAUAAAUGUCUGUACCGUACCGUCUUUUUUCUGUAAGAACUUUUUUAUGCGAGGCAUAUUGUACACUUAGCCCAUACAUAAACCCUGCUAUUAUAAUGUCUA